CUCCGCUCCCAGGCGCGGUGCUGCUGAUUUCUGUCCCCCUGCUUUCCUCCUGGAUAACUCAGAUGAGCAAAUUGACGGACUCACCGGAACACCUCCACGCUGUGCACGAAUACACUUCUUUAUUUUCUCUUUAUCUGCUUUGUUUUCGGCCGCACAGCCUUUUUUUAAAAUCUCGGAGUACAAGCGAGCAAACCGGGCGCGUAAAAACCAAGAACUCCAGAAACCAUGGAUUUAUGGAUAAAGUUGUUGUUGCUGUGCUGCUGCUGCUGCUUUGGAGCAAGUGCGGACUUCGAUGGGAGGUGGCCUCGACAGAUGGCGUCAUCCAAUGGGCUGUGUCGGUACGGGGCCAGGGUGGACUGCUGCUGGGGCUGGACACGCCGCUCCUGGGGUCACUGCCAGCCUCUCUUCGCCUUAACUCACAGAGUAGUCGGGAUAAGGUGCCAACCCCAAGCUGUGUGCCAGCCCGGCUGUAAGCACGGAGACUGCGUGGGACCCAAUAAGUGCAAGUGCCAUCCGGGUUUCACUGGCAAGACCUGCAAUCAAGACCUGAAUGAGUGUGGGCUGAAGCCGAGGCCCUGUAAACACAGGUGCAUGAACACAUACGGGAGUUACAAGUGCUACUGCCUGAACGGCUACAUGCUGAUGCCUGAUGGGACGUGUGGAAACACUCGCACUUGUGCUGUGGCCAACUGCCAGUACGGUUGUGAGGUGCUGAAAGGAGAGGUCCGAUGUCAGUGUCCGUCGCCGGGGCUGCAGCUGGCUUCAGAUGGAAGAACCUGUGUGGAUGUGGAUGAGUGUGCAGCAGGGAUUGCCGUGUGUCCCAGGUUCAGGAAAUGUAUCAACACCUUUGGUAGCUACAUCUGCAAGUGUCACGAAGGCUUUGACCUGCAAUACAUCAACGGAAAAUACCAGUGCUUAGAUGUGGAUGAGUGCUCUUUAGGCCUGAGCCACUGCAGCAGCUUCGCCACCUGCUACAACACGCCGGGCUCAUACAAGUGCAAAUGCAAAGACGGCUACAGGGGGAUGGGCCACGACUGUAAACCCAUUCCAAAGGUGGUGAUUGACCCUCCGAGACCCGGCAAACCGCCUCCGAAUCAUCACAACCACAUCCCAGACUUGGAUCACAGGAGGAUCCCCACAGUCCGCCCGACGGUGCCUCCAAAAAGACCCAUCACCGCCGCCCCCAAAUUACCAGCCACAACUACGACCAAAGCCCCUCCGCUUCCCGGGAGGGUGACGCCGCCCCCGCGCAGGCCGGCCGUGCCAACUCGCAAGCCUUUCAUCCCGACGAGAAAGCCCACGCUCAAACCCUACGUCCCACCAAAGCCAGCGGCUCCCACCAGACGACCCCCGCCGCCGCCGCCUCCACCCGUCACACCAGUAGACAACAGCAUCCAGAGGGAGGUCACCAAACAGAGAGGCGAUGUGCACAUCCCUCGGAACCCCGGCCACAACACCAUUCCUGACGCCGACUUUGACAUUGAGCUUGGCAACACAGCAGACGAAGCCAAGGACGACCCAGAGUCGGGCUAUUUGAGCUGCUUCUUUGAUGACGGCCUGUGUGGUUGGAUCAGGGACAAAGAUGGAGACCUGCACUGGGAGACGACACCUGAUCCAGCAGGUGGACGGUAUCUUACAAUCCCAGAGACAGGAAACAAGCGGACUGGACGAGGGGCUCGCCUCGUCCUCCCGCUCACCCCGCCCUGGAAUGAUGGCAAUCUGUGCCUGUCAUUCCGGCACAAACUGGCAGGCCACCACGUGGGAAUGCUGCAAGUGUUUGUGAAGAAAGGAAAGCAGUACAGUCCGGCGGUGUGGGGCCGGACGGGAGGUAACGGCUGGAGGCACACCCAGAUCACGUUGUGGGGUACAGGCCUAGAAAGUGUGAUCCUGAAGGGGGAGCGUGGGCGGGGCAGAAGUGGAGAGAUGGCCGUGGACGACAUGACUCUAAGAAAAGGCUCCUGCAAGGAGGAGCACAAUCUGAGGAGACUCUGAUUAAAAUAACUAAGACGGGCGGGGAAAAACAAGAGCAAACCUCCUAAAGAGAACUUACUCUGUUGGGACAACUGUUUAUCUGCCCGGACCCUCACUUGUCCCUCUCUCAUCGCUCUGACUCUCCCAUGAAUGGUGUCCCAGAAAAAAGGCAGUGGAUUUCUCCCAUUCGAGUGUCCAUGAACAAAAUGAGACAAGCUUAAUCCCACAGGCCAUCACAGCCCUUUUACUCAACUGUCUUGAAAUUCUAAAACCUUGCAUGAAUUGAUUCAUCAUGGAAAUGUCCUCCACCUUCCACAGAUGUGACAGCCUUAAGCCACACCGCUGAGAGGUCCCCCCUGACUCAUUUCUUUCUGGAGAAAUAUCUGUUCCUUCAUGUUAGACUCAUUGUUUCUAUUAUCGUUUUGUUUUAAACAAAAAACUGUUACUUUUGAUUUGCUUCAGGUUGAAUGUGGCCGAGAAUGCAUCAUGGACAUAGUUUAGUAAAAAAAAAUCUGAAAAAAUGGACAAAUUGUGUAUUUCAUAAUUUGUUUUUACUACAAGUUCAAUGCAGACCAAGAGUUUAAAGCAGCAGGUCAGAUAAAAUCUGUUUUUGUUGCUCUAAUCAGAGAUCAGAGGCCUGCGAUCUGAAGCAGUUUCAACAUACCCAGGAUUCUUUUACAAGACCUGACUCAAUCUACCCUAACGAUAAAAAACCAUGCCUAUCGGCACAUAAAAGCAGGUUAUCAUCUCAAAAUGUCAACCCAGAUUUUCCAAAUUUCAAAACAAACUGAAUGCAGGUUCUUGUUCAGACUGUUUUAAAUGCCCUUAAAAACAAAAUAAAAUUAGCCCAAUUAGGAUUUAGUGAAAUGUUACACAGUGUUUCAGUUAAUUUGAUAUUUUGAUUAGUCUUGAAAAAACAUUUAUUGCUCUGAAUGGAAAAAUGAUCAAACACUCAAUUAAACAAAGCAGUAUGAAAUGCACUACACCCUCAUUUAUUAGAGUGAAAAGCCACUUUUUAAAGUAUUUAUUGAAACAAUAAUCAUGAAUUAGUUCGUAGUUUUGUUGACAGGAACAAACUUUAGAGUAAUCAGCCUCUGUUUUAGUCUUUGUAAACAUCAGUUCUAGUGAGAAUUUUUUAACAAAGACGCAUUGAGGUUAUGGUUAGUUAAUAACAGAAAUGGAGAUAAUCCAUUUUUUGUUUUGUUUUAUUUUCUAAAAACAUUAAUAGACCAAGAGACAGUCCUUUUACUCUGUUUUACAUAUUACACAUCAAAGACAACUUGCUCCUAAUUGUGUUAAAUCCCUAGCAUCUGUUAUUCAGGCAACAGACGAAGCUUCAUGAUGCUGAAAAUCCAGAUCUAACCCUGUAGUUCCCUCACCAAGCUGUUUAUCCUGCUUCGUAGUAUAGGCUUCUUGUCUACAGGAGCACUGAGGGGUUUGUAUAUCUUUUGUUUUUUUAAUAAAAUGAAAUAUAUAAACAUCUUUUACACCACAUUAUUUUUAACAACAUCUGCUCAUACGAUAAAUUAUUAAAGUCACGCUAACCAAUAGGUGCUUUCCUCCUUUGUUUUUCUUAUUUGUGUUUCAUGUCAGAUUGUACUUUUAAAUAUAGUAUGUUCUGCCACUUAUGGUACCAAAUAUCUUCUGAAAACAAUGAAGAGAGUUGUACUCGCUCACAGUCAACAGCCCAAAGUGUAUUUUUUUUGUUUCUCCAUCUAUUAAUAUGUAAAACCAAAGGACUUUAAAUAUGGUCAUCCUUUUAGCGACUCUAUGACCUGUGUGUGUUUGAAGGCCACUGAUAAAGCUCACUUUUUAAAAAUGCUUACUUGCUGAGUUUGGUCUUAAACAGCUCAGGUUGUCUUUUUGUCUCCAAUGCAUUUUUAAAGAUCUCCUCCUUUCCCUAAAGUUAACUCUCUUCAGAUACUUGAAGUGUGGUAAAAAAAAAAAAAAUAAAUUAAACAUUCUUGAGACUCAAUUCAAUUUAUUUUAUAUUGUGCUUUGUUAUAAUUAAGUGCAUUUUAUUACAGACAACAAUACCAAGAACUUUAUAAGCUGAUUGGUAUAACUGUAAAUGUAGUUGUGUGUACAUACUCUAUACAACACCAUAUGCUGUGUGAUUUAUAUGUUGUGUAAAUUCAAACAUGGAUUUUAAUUGGCUUUCCAAGCGGUUGGUAUUUGAAUGUUUAAUUAAAGAACAGAUGAAAACCUUGUGCAGUGAAACCCUGUGUUGAAAGUUCACAAAUUGUGUGUAUUCUUGUAGACAAAUGCUCUGUCUCCUUUGCAAAGCACAUGGUUUGUGUGUUGUUUGCUGUGGUAAUAGAGUGAACAUUUUUCUGUACUGUUUGCAUAGAGACAUUCACAAGAGUCACCAUUUAUUCAAACUGGUAUGUAAAUAAAAUAUCUUUUGCUGAUAUGA